AACUUGCGCUACCUGCGCAAACCCUAGCCACUUGCCCGCCUGAAACUUCCGCCGCCUGAAAAUUCCUCCGCUUCCGCAACCUUCAGCCACCACCAACAAAGCCAAAAAAUGGGUCGCGUCCGCACAAAGACUGUGAAGAAAUCCUCCCGCCAAGUCAUUGAGCGCUACUACUCAAAGAUGACAUUGGACUUCCACACCAACAAGAAGGUCCUGGAGGAGGUGGCUAUCAUCCCCUCCAAGCGCCUCCGCAACAAGAUUGCUGGUUUCUCCACUCACUUGAUGAAGAGAAUCCGGAAGGGACCUGUCCGCGGGAUCUCCCUGAAGCUGCAGGAGGAGGAGCGCGAGCGCCGUAUGGACUUUGUGCCUGAUGAAUCUGCCAUCAAGGUUGAUCGCAUCGAGGUUGACCAGGAAACUGUUGACUUGUUAGAGACACUUGGCAUGAAGGAUCUUCCUGGUGUCGUGCUCAGGGAAGAUCAGGGACCCAUCAAUUUGGCGCCCGCUAUGAACUAUGGCCGUGGCGGUGGCAGGCGUUAUUGAGGUACUCUUGUAGCUGUGUCGACCAGUUCUUGAAUUUUGCAAACAAGUUUGGUAUUGUUAGGGUCGUAUUUAAUAACGAGUUAUUGCUAAUUUUGAUGAGAAUUUUUCUGUUAUGCUAUUCUAUGAUUCUUGUGGAUGAGCUUUCUUAUUUCAUCUUGUUAUGGAUAUUUCAUAGGUGAAGCAUUUUGGGAAUUUUGAUUUUGUCUUUCUGAAGUUUC